AUGGGAGACGUUGGUGCCGCUUUGCAAUCAGCUGAACUGGUACCAAAUGUGUUGCCACAACCCCCGCAACAACAACUUAACGUAGGUUUAGAAUAGGUUUUGUCCAGUAUCCUAACUAGGAUCCUAGUAUCAUGCUAUAGUAGCAAACUUAACAAAUUGCAAACUUUAUUAGUUGACUGUAAAUGCUUUAAAGGUUCAAUUCGCCGGUAUUCAAGUAAAACCAGGCCAGGAGAUCCCAGUACACAACUUGAAGAAUGCCCCAAGGUGCACUCUGAACGUAGACCCAGAAUCUACGUUUUCGUUAGUCAUGAUCGGUAGGUAGAUGGACGACCAUAAUUUUAAUAACCAAUGUUGAAAAUUUUUUAAUUUAUUUCUAUAAAUACCUUUUCAGACCCCGACAACCUAUCAAGAAAGAACCCGUCUGUAGCUGAAUGGCUUCACUGGUUGGUCACCAACAUUCCAGCCAGCAACAUUCAAGAAGGAAUCAACGGAGGUAAAGUCACCUUUUUCAUAUUUAUAUAUGUAUAAUAAAAACAUACGACAGGACUAAUUAGGAGAAAUUUUUUUUGACCAUGACUUUCACAAUUUCGAAAAAUUUUCAAAAAAUUAAAAAAUAGUAUUCAUAAAAUAAAUAAUGUUAUAGGUCAACACCAACAACCAUACGGAUCGCCAGCGCCGCAACCCCGCACCGGAGACCACCGAUACUUGAUUGUCCUAUUCGAACAUCAAGGACGUCGUAUCUCGGUACCAAAACCAAACUCCCGCGCCAAGUUCAGUUUGAAGCAAUUUAUCGAAAAACAUCAACUUGGUAAGUAUUUUAUUCCCUUACUUUAUUUCUCUUUUAACCGCCAAAAUUUUUAGAAAAAAAGGUACGAUUUCAUAUAAAAAUAUCAAAUUUCAGGAGCUCCAAUCGCUGCCAACUUUUUCAUUUCCAAAAACCCUCAACAGUAA